AAAUUGGGAGCAAAAGAAGGAGACUUUUUCGAUGCCUGGUGGGAGCAGAAAUGGAGAAAAGAGGAAAGAUAGAAGAGCAGAAGUUUUCUGGCCCUGAGGCAGGAAACAUCUCCGGUAUCGUCCAGGAAGGGAGCAGUGCAGAGCCCUGGGAAAGAAGAGAUCAGGAGAACCAGCCCGGAAGCAACACCGGCACAGACCCUGAGUGCCAGCGCUUCAGGGACUUCUGCUACCAGGAGGCCGAGGGCCCCCGAGAGGUUUGCAGCCGACUCCACCACCUUUGUCGCCAGUGGCUGAAGCCAGAAAGGAAAACGAAAGCUCAGAUGCUGGACCUGGUGGUGCUAGAGAAGUUCCUUGCUGACCUGCCCCCAGAGAUGGAGAGCUGGGUCAGAGAAUGUGGAGCAGAGACCAGUUCCCAGGCGAUGGCCCUGGCAGAAGGCUUCCUCCUGAGCCAGGCAGAGGACCAGAAGCAGGUGCAGGGGAAGUUUGCCAAAGCAUGCACAGAUUUCCCUGAGGCAGAGAAGGCUCCGCCAGGCACCACACAGAGGCCGAUGUUCAGGUGGAUCUUUCAGGAGGGAGACGGAGGACCCUCCUCACUGGGGAGCGGAAAAACCCACAGAGAGAGUGAACUGAUCCUGGGGGAUCCUUCUAGGCCUCCUUCGAUUGGUGGUGGAGUGGAAGUGGAUUCUGCACAGCCUGGGCAGGUUCUGGUGACUUUUGAGGAGGUGGCUGUGCAUUUCUCGGAGGAGGAGUGGGCGCUGCUGGAUCCAGGCCAAAGGACUCUGCACAAGGAAGUUAUGGAGGAGAAUCGUGGGAUCUUGGCCUCUCUGGGUGAUCGCAGGGAGAGCAAGGAAAACGACCUACACCAGAGAAGGGAACCUGAAUCUGAGGAGAAGCAGGGAAUCAAAUCCAUUUCUUUGGAAUGGUCAGACGUCCGUGAAAUUCCAGUACUAGAAGUACCAAGUAAUAGCAACGUUCACAGUAGGAGGGCACAGAGGAAAAGCUCUCAAGAUAUAAAGAAGAUUCACCUUACCAAAUGUCAACCAUUUCACACAGAAGACAAAAGAUUUCAGUGCUUGCAUAAAAGAAUUCACUCAGGAGAUAACCUCUAUCAAUGCUCAGAGUGCGGAAAGAGUUUCAGUCAGGGCUGCCAACUUAAGCAACAUCGAAGAAUUCACUCCAGGGAGAAGCCCUAUGAAUGCAUAGUGUGCAGAAAGAAUUUUUCUCAGAGAGCACGCCUUAAAACCCAUCAAAGAAAUCAUACAGGGGAGAAGCCCUACAAAUGCCUAGAGUGCGGAAAGAGCUUCAGUCAGAGCACCAACCUUAAAACACAUCAAAGAAUUCAUACAGGGGAAAAGCCCUACAAAUGCCUAGAGUGCAGAAAGAGCUUCAGUCAGAGCAGCAAACUUAAGCGACAUCAAACAAUUCAUACAGGAGAGAAGCCCUACAAAUGCCUAGAGUGCAGAAAGAGCUUUGCUUGCAGUACACAGCUUAAGCAACAUCAAAGAAUUCACUCCAGGGAGAAGCCCUAUGAAUGUGUAGUGUGCGGAAAGAGCUUUGUUUACAGGUCAAACCUUAAUCAACAUCAAAGAAGUCAUUCAGAGGAGAAGCCCUACAAAUGCCUAGAGUGUGGAAAGAGCUUCAGUCAGAGCAGCUACCUUAAUCAACAUCAAAGAAUUCAUACAGGGGAGAAGCCCUAUGAAUGCCUGGAGUGUGGAAAGAGCUUCAGUCAGAGAAGUAGCCUUAAUCGACAUCAAAGAAUUCACACAGGCAUGAAGCCCUAUAAAUGCCUGGAGUGCGGAAAGAGCUUCAUUGAUCGCAACAACCUUAAUCAACAUCAAAGAUCUCACACAGGCGUGAAGCCCUAUGAAUGCCUGGAGUGUGGAAAGCGCUUCAAUGAUAGCAGCAACCUUCAUCGACAUCAAAGAAUUCACACAGGGGAGAAGCCCUAUGAAUGCCUGGAGUGCGGAAAGAGAUUCAGUCAGAGACGCCACCUUAAUCAACAUCAAAUAAUUCACACAGGGGAGAAGCCCUAUAGAUGCCUGGAGUGUGGAAAGAGCUUCAGUCAGAACAGCAAACUUAAUCAACAUAAAAGAAGUCAUACAGGCGAAAAGCCCUAUGGAUGCCUGGAGUGCGGAAAGAGCUUCAGUCAGAGCAGCAAACUUAAUCAACAUCAAAGAAAUCACACAGGGGAGAAGACCCAUGAAUGCCUAGAGUGUGGAAAGAGCUUCAGUUAUAGAAGCCAACUGAAUCAACAUAAAAGAAGUCAUACAGGUGAGAAGCCCUAUAAAUGCCCUGAGUGUGGAAAGAGCUUUAGUCAGAGCAGCAAACUUAAUCAACAUCAAAGAACUCACACAGGGGAGAAGCCCUAUGAAUGCCUGGAGUGUGGAAAGAGCUUCAGUCAGAGCAGCUACCUUAAUAAACAUCAAAGAUGUCACACAGGGGAGAAGCCCUAUGAAUGCCUGGAGUGUGGAAAGAGCUUCAGUCAGAGCAGCACCCGUAAUAAACAUCAAAGAAUUCACACAAAGGAGAAGCCAUAAAACUGCUCAAAGUCUGGAAUGCAAUUCAGUCACAGAUUGCUGUAUCGAUCCAAGUGCUGUGAAUGCUUUGAAUUUGGAAAGCUUUUUAGUUACACCACGAACCUUAGUAACCAUCACAGGAUCCAGACGGGCGAGAAGCCCUAUCUAUGCUCAGUAUGUAGAAAGAGUUUCAGUCACAGUGUGAAUCUUAAUGCACAUCAAAAUAU